CAGUCAAGGAAACCAAAUCUAUCAAGGAAACUCUAAUCUCCUAUCAGCGUCAAUAUUUUUUCCAAUAAGAAUGGACACCAAAUCGAUCAUUAGUUUCUCCCUGAGGUGUGUUCUCUCUCAUCGUUAAUCGUUCAAAUAAGCGAAUUAGAAUUUCAGAAUCGAUCUACAGUCGAAGUGAAGUGUUCACUGUCUUACGAACCAAUGUCGAAAGACAGCCAGGAGUGUUUAGCGAUGGAAAAUUUUAGAAUGGCUGUUCGGGAAAAAGCAAGCCUGUGUUCAAACAAACCCUUAACGGAGACCCAAAAAAGUCUAAUUGAUGAAGCCAUUCGAAAGUUCUUCACCCACACGGCCACCCCCGAUCAUCCCACCUACUCUCAGAUGAUCCAUAGGGCAAUUCGAGAGUUGAACGAGGAAGGUGGUUCUAGUGAAGAGUCAAUAUCAAAUUUUAUUAGGAAGGAGUAUAAUGAUCAAUUGCCAUGGGCACAUUCUACAUUCUUGAAUCAUCAUCUGAGGAAACUUUCUGAGAGUGGUGAGAUUGAUUGGACUCUUCACGAUUCUUAUUUGCUUCCUGGUGCAAUCACGAAACACUCUAGCUGUGGCUCUAAGAGGAAGGAACCGAAGAGAAAGCCGAGCAAGAAGCAGCAAAAGCGGGGCAAGAAGCAGGAGGGAACAGAACUGGUGCAAUCAGAAUAUCAAUUGAAAGAACCAAGGGAAGUCAUUGAAGAACAAAAUCGAGUUGAUGAUGGUGAGAAGGGUGAUGGUAGGAAAUUAAAGGUAGUGCCUGUUGAGUCUCUUGAGCCCAUUAUGGAAGAAGAAAAGAAAGAAUUAGGUGUGCAGCCACAACAGCAAUUAGGUCUUCCAGUAGCAGAAUUGGAUCAGCUGGAGCAGUGGACACAGGAGAAGCCACAAUAUAUGCAAUUAUGGCCUCCACCUCCCAUAGCUGGACCAACAACAGCUACAAGUAUGAGGCAAUUACAGCCUCUACCUCCCAAAGCUACAAGAAUGACCGAAUCGUCGCCCUCACAACAUCAGCAUGAGCAACCAGAGUGCCAAGCCCAAGUGUGGAUUCCCCAACCAAAACCGGUUAUGGCUACAGUAGUGUUGCCUUCAUCUAAUCAGCACCAACAAGAGGAGCAGCAAUUAGGUCUUCCAGUAGCAGAAUUGGAUCAGCUGGAGCAGUGGGCACAGGAGAAGCCACAGCAUAGGCAAUUUUGGCCUCCACCUCCCACAGCUGGACCAACAACAGCUACAAGUAUGAGGCAAUUACAGCCUCUACCUCCCAAAGCUACAAGAAUGACCGAAUCGUCGUCCUCACAACAUCAGCAUGAGCAAACAGAGUGCCAAGCCCAAGUGUGGAUUCCCCAACCAAAACCGGUUAUGGCUACAGUAGUGUUGCCUUCAUCUAAUCAGCACCAACAAGAGGAGCAGCAAUUAGGUCUUCCAGUAGCAGAAUUGGAUCAGCUGGAGCAGUGGGCACAGGAGAAGCCACAGCAUAGGCAAUUUUGGCCUCCACCUCCCACAGCUGGACCAACAACAGCUACAAGUAUGAGGCAAUUACAGCCUCUACCUCCCAAAGCUACAAGAAUGACCGAAUCGUCGUCCUCACAACAUCAGCAUGAGCAACCAGAGUGCCAAGCCCAAGUGUGGAUUCCCCAACCAAAACCGGUUAUGGCUACAGUAGUGUUGCCUUCAUCUAAUCAGCACCAACAAGAGGAGCAGCAAUUAGGUCUUCCAGUAGCAGAAUUGGACCAGCUGGAGCAGUGGGCACAGGAGAAGCCACAGCAUAGGCAUUUUUGGCCUCCACCUCCCACAGCUGGACCAACAACAGCUACAAGUAUGAGGCAAUUACAGCCUUUACCUCCCAAAGCUACAAGAAUGACCGAAUCGUCGCCCUCACAACAUCAGCAUGAGCAACCAGAGGGCCAAGCCCAAGUGUGGAUUCCCCAACCAAAACCUUAUAUGGCUGCAGUAGUGCAGGAAUUGUUGCCUUCAGCUAAUCAGCACCAACAAGAGGAGCAGCAAGCACCAUCAUUGCAAGGCCAAGGAAAUGCUCCUAAUGUUAGAGGCCGGGGGAGACCUAAGAAGCAGCAGGAGCAACAGAAGCAGCAGGAACAACCAAAGCGUCGAGGGAGGCCUCCUAAGCCCAAAUCAACUGGCAGUAUAGAUAUGAAGAGUCUUGAAGACUCGGUGAAGCAGCAGCAGCAGCAAACGCAGCCCUAGUGUGGGUACUAAAGCUGGACUAAGGAAUUCAAGGACAGUAACUGUGGUAAGUGAAAUUUUGUACUUUUGACUAGCAUCAACACCAUAGUGGUUGGUUUAUGCAACAUAGUAUACUUCAACUGUGUUCUUGUCACUGGCAGUCAUUGCUUAGUUAAUUAAUUUGUUGCUGUUGUAUAUGAGUUGGUUUUGAUUC